AUGUCUAUAACACUAAUAUGCCUGGCUCCACAUAAAUGUAAAAGAAAACUAUGUAUUUAAUGCUAAUCUAAACAUGGGGUGGAAUUUAAAUAUUUUCUUUAGAUUGAUGAGUACUAUUAGACACUGAAAAAGGAAAUCAUUGAUUAAUUCAAAUUAGUAUAAUUAAGAAUCAGUUUCACAAUCUUACUUUUUGAAAUUGAAUAAAUGAUGAAGAAUAUACAGAUAGAUUUAAAGGAAUGCAUUGGAUAUAUUUCAAAUCGGCUUUAAAAAGAAGAUUAAUUAUAAAUUAAACUCAAUAACUAUUAGGAUACUUUAUUAGAAUCUUCUUAAACUGAUUGGGAUUAUAUAGCUUAAAUAUUAGAAGGAAAAACUUUUAGAGAAUGGUAUAUUCAAAAUAACUAUUUUGCGAUGCAACUAGAAAAAGCCAAGAAUUUUUUUUAAAAAAACAUUAAUGGUUUAAAUAAAAUAUUUAAAUAGGAAAUCAAAGAGAUUUUGUCUAAAUUUGAGCAACAGUAUUUUUUUAAUUAUUUUUUCAGUUAUAGUUAAAAUUAGGAGGUAAAGCUAUCGUAGGAAAGAAUUUUAGAAUAAGAGGGAAUCAUUUGGCAUUAUGGAUUCAAUAUACCUGAAGCUAUAAAAAUUAAAUUGUUUAUUCACGUUUCAAAUGAUAAUUAAAUAAUUUACACAAAAGAUGGGUAGAUUGUGAGAAUGUAAUAAUUUAAAUUAUUGAAUUUAAUAGUGAUUUAAGAAAAGAACCUAUUGAUCGUUUACUUUUGUUAAAAAAUUUAGAAUAAAUAUAGCAUCUGUAACGGUCAGGAAACUAUGGAAAAUAAAAUUAAAAGGAAAGUAAUUGGAUAGCCACCUGAAAAGGAGAAAUCUUAAAUGAUGUAGGAGGUAAGUACUACGAGGGAAAAAAAGAAGGAUUAUGGAAGGAAAUAAUUCAGAAUUAUUGGAGGUAAUUAUAAUAAUAUUUUCAGCGAAGCUUAAGUGUAUGAAAUUGGGAAAUACAUAAAUGAUUAGAAAGUAGGAAUUUGGAAGUAUAUUUAUGAUGAUUCAGAAAUGUAAUAGUUUAUGAUUAAGCAAAUUAGUGGAGGUGGUAAAUACAAUAGUAGAAGUUAAAAAACUGGAAAAUGGGUUGAAUUAAGUGAUGGGUUUUGGAGGUAUUCAUAAGUCACUUAUAGUGGCAAAUUUAAUGAGAACGGCAAAAAGGUAGGCAGAUGGGAAAUUGAUAUUUAAAUAAUUACAAAAAUUAAAUAAUUGA